AUGACCACAAUGAAGAAGAAUAUGUUACCACCUGGUUUGGUUAACAAUCUUCAAGAAGUUCUCAGCAAAAAAGGAGGAAACAACAACAAUGCUGGAAAACCAAAGGACGAAUACACUGAGACAUCUACUUCUUCAGCUGUUCUCGAUGAAAACGACAGCUCCAAGCCUGUCGUUUUGGUCACCAAUGGUGAAGGGGUUGAUUCCCUUGGCCUUGUUUAUCUCGUUCAAGCUUUGGUCGGUUUAGGACCUUACAAUGUCAAUGUCUGCGCCCCUCAUUCGGACAAAUCGCUUUGUCAUUCCGUCACUGUUCGAGAAACAAUCACCGUUGCUCGGGCCGACAUUGAUGGUGCCAUAGCUUAUGAAGUAUCAGGGACUCCGGUAGAUUGUGUCUCCUUAGCGUUAUCUGGGGCGCUGUUCUCAUGGCCAAAGCCUCUGCUGGUAAUCAGCGGAAUUAGCCGAGGAUCAAGCUGUGGUCAUCAAAUGUACCACUCGGGUGUGGUCGCUGGAGCUAGAGAAGCGUUGAUUAGUGGUGUACCAUCUCUAUCAUUAUCACUGAAUUGGAAGAGGGAAGAAAGCCAAGAGAACGAUUUUAAGGAUGCGGUUGCCGUUUCUUUACCUUUAAUAAAGGCAGCCAUCAGAGAUAUCGAAAAGGGUGUUUUCCCUAAAAGUUGCUUCCUAAAUAUAGAAAUUCCCACUUCUCCUUCGGCAAACAAGGGCUUUAAAUUGACCAAGCAAAGUAUGUGGAGAUCCACGCUGUGUUGGCAAGCUGUUUCGGCUAAUCGGCAACCUUCGGCUGCACAUUUCAUGUCUAAUCAACAAAGCCUCGGGCUCCAACUUGCUCAGCUUGGUCGUGAUGCAUCUGCUGCCGGUGCUGCUCGCCGCGGGACAGCACAAAGUAAGAACGAGGAGGUAGAGUCUGUUGGGGCUGCCAAAUCCGACACGAGAGUGAAAAAGUACUUUCGACUGGAGUUUGUAGAUAAAGAAACGGAAGAUACGGAUGAAGACUUGGAUUUCAAGGCACUCAACAACGGAUUUAUUGCGGUAACUCCACUGUCGGUUUCUUUGCAACUCGAGCCGGACAUCGAAACAUCUGCAUCGAGCUGGAUCUCCGGCGUGGUUAGUGGUGGUGGCGAGCAAUAGAGACCCCGGGACGGACAUGGAAUCCGGAAAUCAUAGCCAUUUGUACACAAAGUGCCUGAAAGCCAAGCAAUUUGUGCUUCUUCGUUUAACAUUUUAUAUAUAAAAAUCAUCAAGUUGGGGUGUUUUCUUUUGUUAUUAGCUUUUGAUGCAAGGAAAUAGCCUGGUCUGAAAUUAUGUGACCUUGUGCUUCCCUUAAAUUAUUACUAUUAUUAUUUGAAUGAAUAUUCAAUAUUUAUAAUUAGUAUUA